UUCCUUGCAGCCAUUUAACUCAUCACACAUUCUCUGCACUUUUUAUCUUUGCAUUUCCUCACAGCCCCAUCUUCGCCAAAAAGUCAAUGGCACCGUCACAACGCUGUUAGCAUCGAACCCCACCUUAAAAAUCGAACCUUUAUCACACCCACAACGUUGUUUCAGCUCGAUGGAUCUGAGGAAUACGUUUUCAUCGUCUUUGCUAAUUUUGAGCUUGUUGGGUAUUUGUGUGUCCUUCGCUUCUUCGCAGGUCGAAGACGACGUGAAAUGUCUGAAGGGCAUAAAGGACACCUUGGAGGACCCUCAGGGUCGGCUUGCCACGUGGCGGUUCGACAACACCACCGUGGGUUUCAUCUGCGACUUUGUGGGGGUGUCUUGCUGGAACCAAAGGGAGAACCGGGUUUUGGGUUUGGAGCUCCGAGAGUUGAAGCUUUCGGGUCGGAUCCCAGAGUCCUUGAAGUACUGUGGUAAGAGUAUUCAAAGGUUGGAUCUUGGGUCUAAUUCUCUAACUUCUGUGAUUCCACCUGAGAUCUGUAGUUGGAUGCCUUUUUUGGUUUUGAUGGAUUUGUCUGGUAAUGAUCUUUCGGGGCCUAUUCCACCUACCCUUGUAAAUUGUUCUUAUUUGAAUGAUUUGGUGUUGUCAGAUAAUCAACUUUCUGGUUCAAUUCCCUAUGAGUUUGGGAGUUUGGGUAGGUUGAAGAAGUUUUCUGUGGCUAAUAAUAAGCUUAGUGGGACUAUUCCUUCAUUUUUCAAUGGGUUUGAUAGAGAGGAUUUUGAAGGGAAUAGUGGGUUGUGUGGUGGUCCUCUUGGAUCCAAGUGUGGAGGGUUGAGUAAGAAGAAUCUUGCUAUUAUUAUUGCUGCUGGUGUGUUUGGUGCUGCUGCUUCUUUGUUGUUGGCUUUUGGGUUGUGGUGGUGGUACCAUUUGAGGUUGAGUGGGAAGAGGAAGAAGGGAGGGUAUGGGGUUGGGGGUGUUGAUGAUUGGGCUGUGAGGUUGAGGGGUCAUAAGCUUGUGCAGGUUACACUCUUUCAGAAGCCUAUUGUCAAGGUUAAAUUGGGUGAUUUGAUGGCUGCUACUAACAAUUUCAGUGCUGAGAAUGUUCUUUUCACCACGAGGACCGGGACUACUUAUAAAGCUGAUCUUCCUGAUGGGUCCACGCUUGCGGUGAAGCGCUUGAACACUUGUAAGAUUGGGGAGAAGCAGUUUCAGAUGGAGAUGAAUCGGUUGGGCCAGGUUAGGCACCCGAAUUUGGCGCCCCUUUUGGGGUUCUGUGUUGUGGAGGAUGAGAAGCUUUUGGUUUAUAAGCACAUGUCUAAUGGGACGCUGUAUUCGUUGUUGCAUAAGAAUAGCACUGCAUUGGACUGGCUGAUGAGGUUCAGGAUAGGGUUGGGCGCGGCUAGGGGUCUUGCCUGGCUGCACCAUGGCUGCCACCCUCCCAUUAUUCAGCAGAACAUUUGUUCCAAUGUGAUUCUUGUUGAUGAGGAAUUUGAUGCUCGGUUGAUGGACUUUGGACUCGCGAGGCUCAUGACCUCUGACUCUAAUGGUAGGUUUGUGAAUGGUGAUUUGGGGGAACUCGGCUACAUAGCUCCAGAGUAUUCAAGUACACUGGUUGCUUCAUUAAAAGGGGAUGUGUAUGGGUUUGGAGUUUUGCUUUUGGAGCUGGUGACCGGGCGCAAACCUCUCGAGGUGAGCAAUGGGGAGGAGGAAUUUAAGGGUAACUUAGUGGAUUGGGUAAAUAUGCAUUCUAGUUCGGGCCGAAUGAAGGAUUGCAUUGAUAAAGCCAUAUGUGGAAGGGGACAUGAUGAGGAGAUUCUACAGUUUCUGAAAAUUGCAUCUAAUUGUGUGGUUUCUCGCCCCAAGGAUAGGUGGUCUAUGUACCAAGUUUAUCAUUCCUUAAAGAGUAUAUCCAGAGAUCACAGUUUCUCUGAACAUGAUGAUGAAUUUCCCUUGAUCUUUGGUAAGCCAGAAAAUGAGCUGGCGUAGUUCUUGAUGGAGCAUGGCGGCGCGGGAAGGACACAAAAACGUUCCCUCUGAAUUCCUAUUUCAUUGUGGAGAGUCCUCAGAAUGGUCCUAAUGUUUAUGUUUUGAGCAUUUCCAUGGGUGACCCUAAUCAGGUAUAGUUGUGUUGUAUGAUAUAAUAAACUCUGGUAGGUUAGGUUCUUGAAAUCUAUUUGUUUCACUGCUUGUUGUACGAAAUUGCAACCUCUAAUGAUGUCCAAGAUGUUUGGGAUAUGCUUCGAAUUUGAAUCCUCAAAUAUAUAUGUUCUCGAGACCAGAAGGAUGGAUGUCUGCUUGUGCUAUGUAAAGAUAUCUCAUCAACAUAUUUUAUUGAUCUAGAUCUAAUUGAUUGGAAAGUUUGAAGGGUACAAUUUCUGUAUAAAUUAUUAAAAGAAAACAUUUGAAAGAGUUUCUGAGAACCUUAUUUGAGUUUAUGAAAAUGAUUUACAACUCUCAU